AAGAGAACUAGGGAAGAGAGAAGAGAAGUGCCAGACUGACCAGAGCUGAAUACAAAUUAGGAUUCUUGUCUCAUACAGCAACAAAAUGUUAGCCGAUGAUGUCUAGGCUGGUCUGAACCUCACAGAAAAGAAGGUUUAACAGCAGCGGAGGCGAGAUGGAGCUGGAUAAUAGCUCGCUAGAUUUCUUUACCAGCAACUUCACAGACAUCCCCAACAACAGUUCGACCCCGCCAUGGAGUGAGGCCACACUGCUUGGUCUACAGAUCUCCCUGUCUGCAAUUUUAGCGCUUGUAACCCUGGCUACAGUGCUUUCAAACGCCUUCGUCAUCGCCACUAUCUUUCUAACCAGGAAGCUCCACACCCCUGCCAACUUUCUGAUUGGCUCCCUUGCCGUCACAGACCUGCUGGUGUCGAUUCUAGUCAUGCCGAUUAGUAUUCUCUACACUGUUAGCAAGACGUGGUCAUUAGGGCAGAUAGUUUGCGACAUUUGGCUGUCAUCUGACAUUACCUUCUGCACCGCCUCCAUCCUGCAUCUGUGUGUGAUUGCGUUGGACCGCUACUGGGCCAUUACUGAUGCACUGGAGUACACAAAGCGCCGCACCAUGCGCCGGGCGGCGGUCAUGGUUGCCGUAGUGUGGGUGAUCUCGAUAUCGAUCUCCAUGCCGCCUCUUUUCUGGCGGCAGUCCAAAGCCCAUGAGGAGCUGACAGAGUGCCUGGUGAAUACAGAUCAGAUCUCUUACACCCUGUACUCAACCUUUGGCGCCUUCUACGUUCCCACAGUGCUUCUCAUCAUCCUCUAUGGACGGAUCUACGUGGCGGCCCGCUCCCGCAUCCUCAAGACGCCGUCCGCUGGGAAACGUUUCACAACAGCACAGCUCAUCCAGACCUCUGCAGGCUCGUCUCUCUGUUCUCUUAAUUCUUCCUCCAACCAGGAAGCACACCUACACGCUCUGGCAGCGGGAGGAGGAGGAGGAGGGUCACCUCUGUUCGUGAACAGUGUGAAAGUGAAGCUGGCAGACAGUGUGCUGGAGAGGAAACGACUGUGUGCAGCUCGGGAGAGGAAGGCAACCAAGACACUCGGCAUCAUCCUUGGAGCGUUCAUCAUCUGCUGGCUCCCGUUCUUCGUCGGUACACUCGUCUUAGCGAUAUGUAAAGAGUGCUGGUUUGAUCCGGUUCUUUUUGAUAUAUUCACCUGGCUAGGAUACCUGAACUCCCUCAUCAACCCUGUCAUCUACACCGUGUUCAACGAUGAGUUCAAACAGGCUUUCCAGAAACUAAUGAAGUUCAGACGAUUCUCCUGAAAACAAUGGAAAGUGGAUAUAAACUGUUGACAGAGACAGAAGAUAAGAUCGUGAAUACUGACUAUAAAAGUGCUGUACACUACUGUCCCAUGUUGUAAACACAUGCUAACUUGAGUCCUUUUUUUUUUACAUUGAACAGCUCUGUGCCAUAGCUCUUUAGAAACCUACAGCAUAUCCUUUUUAAAGACUCAUGCAUGCUUAUAAAGAGAAAAACCUUGACCCUAUGAAUCGUGAAACUCAUCUUAAAAAUAUUUAAAAAUAUGGAUUUGAAGACUAACUCAUGUCAAAGGAACACUAUUGUAAUUUCUUGGACAAAGGCAAAGAUUUCGAAAGAGGAUUUGGUGUGGAACUACACAGACAGGAAAAACUCAGAGUGGAAAUGAAAAGCCAUGAAAUAUACGUUGUCUUAAUCUCUGUGUCAUUCUGUAAGCUGUUGCUCCCUGAUAAUGUUUCUGUGGUACAGUAAAGUACUUAGAACU